AUCACGCAAGAAAGUUUAUUCUCAAAUGUGGGAUCAUUUCAGCAUCUUUUACUAAUAGUUUACCAGUCGAUAUUAUAUCCUACGCUUCGAUCAGACUUUCCCAAUCAAGUCCUCCAAAGCAGGCUCAUAAUUCCCAAGGGUUACAGAGGUUAUCUACUAUGGGGAAAUCUAAAGACGAAAUCAUAAUGUCUUAUCAGACUGCAAGGUAUUCUGGCUAUCCACAAGCGGUUGUAUUCCUCGAUUAGAGGCAAGCGCGUCAGACAGCGCCACAAAACGAUUGAUGCGCUGAUAGUAGAUCUUCAGUAGAGAAUAGCAACGAUAUAUGACUAUUUAAUUACCUUGGAGGAUCGUGGCUUACUUCAACUAUCGUAAGAUAUCACUAGGGAAACCGUUUGACAAGCUGGCUGUUUUAAGUUGAAAGAAUGUUUUUGUCCGUGAUGAGAACAGCCGGCCUAGAUUUCUGAGACACACACGAGGCAUUGUGAUGACGGACGGUAUGGGUUCUUCAGCAGUAGUGGUAUAAGAGGGGAGUCUUUUGCAGAAUGAGUUGCACGGCGUUGCAUGGUGAAUAGACUGGACAAGAGAGGCUAAGGAACCGAAGGGCAACAUUUUUUUUCUUCAAGCAUUUUGCAAGAGCGCUUAGCAUGCUUUUCAAAUCAAGCUUUCCAGUUUGGUUAAUGCUUUUCGUUUCAUGGCUGGCUCACAUUUCUGUAUUUUCAACUCAAGACGACGAUGAAGAAGUCGUGGGCUUCGACGGAUCAUCUUACAUCACUUAUAGACUAUCGACAACCAAGCGCACAAGACAAGACCGUAUCCGACUACUCUUUCGUACUAUCAAUUCCUCGGGGCUUCUCUUACAUGCUGGAGGAAAAAAUGGGGAUUUUAUGACGCUGGAACUCGUUGGUGGCAAAUUAAGAUAUUCAGGCAAUCUUGGAUCUUUUGGCAACACAUCUGGCUUUCACGAAUACUUCAUAGGCAACCACCUCGCAGACAACGAAUGGCAUCAACUUGACAUCACACGACAAGGAAAAAACCUUCUCAUCAAAGUCGACGUCACCGGUGUCGCGCCGGUGCUUCCCGGGCUGUACGCCACCCUCGAGCUCGACGACAAAAUCUACGUUGCUGGAGUCGACCAGGAAGGAGAGGCGAGAGCCAGGAAGAUGUACCAACGGAAACUACCAUUUACAAAGUUCGAGGGAUGCUUGCAAUAUAUUAUCUUAAACAGGGAACAUUUUGCAACGCUGACGAAGAAAUUGGACCCCAAUAUUACAAUAUUUGGGAAWGUCAGUUCUGGCUGUCACAUGAAUGAGUACUUGCCUUUAGGGUUUGAAAAACCUGAAUCACAUAUUAUCAUUUCUACAGCGCCGUACAGCGAUGUGCUAUCGUUCAGCUUCAAGUUUCGUACGUUCGAUAGCAAUGGCUUGCUUAUAAUGCAUCAGGGCAAGAAACACAUAAGUACUGAUGUUUUAUUGUGGCUUGUCAACGGACUUGUGAAGUUGGAUGUCACGUUUCGAGCUUCGAGUAGUGAACACGUGACACUCCGCGCGGGAAAAUCGUUGAACGAUGGUUCGUGGCAUUCAGUUGCCGUGGAGAUCAGUGGACAAAGAGUACAGUUAAAAGUGGACGGCGUUACCUUUGAACACAAGUUAACUCCUGCUAAGACAUUUACUAAUAGCCUUCAAAUUUCCAUAGGAAGUAAUAGCCCCAACAUUGUCGGGUUUGUCGGCUGUAUGUACGACAUUGUUGUUCAGGGGCGCGAAGUUAACCCUAGCAGAGAAAGGAGUUCUCACGUUGUGAUUGGACAGUGCAUAAUAGACGAUCAUUGUCUUUCCAAUCCUUGUAAGAACGGAGGGAAGUGUUUUCAGCAACUGAGCCAAGCCAAAUGCAAUUGCUCAUCGCAUUUUAGUGGAAAGUAUUGCGAAAUUCCUGCGGUUGUUAGCAGAGAGACAUGCGCGGAUUGGAAAGCUUCAGGAGCGACGCAAGACGGUCCUUACAUGAUCAGCCCAAAUGACGUCAAACCGUUUCCUGUUUACUGCAAAUUCCACGACCUGAAAGAACCAAUCACAGUUAUCAACCACGUCAUGGCGGGAAAUCAAACCAAAGCGGUCAACCAGCACACGCGCAAGGCAGGUUUUUAUUUUCAUCCAGUGCAAUACUCAGCUGAUCCUCCAAGCAUUCGUGCAUUGAUUUCAAGCAGCUCGCACUGCAGACAGMACCUCACCUACAACUGUUUGAACUCUCUUCUUCUCGAUUCUUUGCACGAGUUUGAUUUGGAUGGGGGCCGCGGUGCACGAUGGAUUUCACGUGAUGGUCGGACGAUGGACUAUUGGGCUGGGGCAAGGCCUGGAAGUAAGAAAUGUUUUUGUGGGGUUACGAAUACGUGUUAUAGGCAGGAUUUAAAGUGUAAUUGCGAUGCCUGGGACGAUGUGUGGAGAAAGGAUGAAGGCUAUAUCACAGACAUGGAGGCUCUUCCUGUGAAAAAUGUCAAGUUUAGUGUACGGGCAACCAGCUCGGAGUCGAAAUUCACGCUUGGAGGGCUAGAAUGCUUUGGGAGAAAAAUUAUACAUACUACUAGAAUUCCUACAAAACAAGCAUCAUCAUCAUCAUCAUCAUCAUCAUUAUCAUUAUCAUCCAACCACGGCGAAUCGACCGCAAACACCAAACCAUCUAUUAAAAUCACACCAACAACCACAACAGUCACUAAAAACAACGCUACUAAUGUAUAUGAAUCACCAACCUACGGCCCACCAAUAGACAAACCACCAAUCGUCAUCAUCGAAUCACCAAGAAAAUACAUCACAAUCAGACAAAACAGCAACCAAGAAUUAAUCCUUAUUAUCCUCAGCGUCGUCUUGGCUGUAUUUAUUCUCGCUAUUCUCAUUCUCAUGAUCAGACAGAAUCUAUUUUUAACAUGUAAAUGUAUGAGUGGUCCCGUCUAUCGCGAUGUCAGCAACAUUGAUAGCAUAGAACUGGGUCCACCCAGUUCACUCUACACAAACGUGGACACUGAAAUAGUCGAGUACGAGGCAAGUCCAUACCCACCUCGUGGAAUGGAUGGGGUUGUGGUGAACUCGUCUCGACGUAACUCGUCUUGCAGGGUGAUCCAUGUUAAUGUUCUCGAGUCGGACUCAAACGAUGAGAACGAUCGUCUUCAUCUUAGUGGCGGGAGCUCGCCAUCUUCUGACGACAAAGAAGACUGGAAUAAAAAAAAUACGCUUGAAAAAAACGAGUACGAAGAUUUAGGGUCUUUAGAAAUGGUUCUCCUGAAGUCACCGCAGGAGAUGAUGGAAGUCCAAGUCGAAAAAGUAAAGGAAGCUUUAUACGAAGUAAUAUCGGCUUCCGAAGUCAAUAUCAAUAAUAAUCCCAUCUCCCARGAAAGCAAUACUGAAAACACACUUUGUGUAUUUAUGCACGAGGACGAACAUUACAAUCACACCUCGACCAUUAGCUCUUAUGGGAUGGAAUUUUCCCGCCCUCCGUCCUAUCAGGAUAUUGAAGGAGCUUGUAGCUUAGAACAGGAUCUGGGGUCUGAUAGURCGCAUGCGCAGAGCACGCUGUCAUCAGGAUCGUCUAGCUGGGACAGCGAGAACAUACUAGAACACGAUGACAUCACAACAGAUUAUGAACCAAAUGAGAUUUCUUCAUCUUCAAAUGACUUAAUUCCAGUUAAUAGCAAUUUUCCUAUUUCUAAUACCAAUUCUUCCUCUUCCGACGCACUUUCCGAUGACAACGUCGAAAUCUCGCAAAAUAUUAACUAUUCAACGUCGCUUAGCAACGGACAAGCAAGCGUAGAUGCCCAUAUGGCUCCUCUCAAUGAGAUUUCUAAACGACAUUCGUACAUUGUUUGCGAGGACAGAUCAGAGAGUGAGCCUUUACUCGAGGGAAACCUACCUUCCAGUCCAAGUUCAAUGAACGGAAUUGAAUCAGACUUGAAUCUAAUAACUAAUAUCAAUGACUGCAGUGCAGAAGACUAUUGUGACGUCUUUGAUGAUCUCACAGCGCAUGCGCAGCCUAAACAAACUAGCGCUGACCAAAAGAACAGCGACUCAAGAGGAGAGUGUUUUCGACAUGAAACUUCACUGUGAGUGAAACUAUGGAGGAUGUAAAGAAUUAUAUAGAAGUAAGGAUGAUAGAAUGAAUAAGAGUAAUGCAUGCAAGCAUAGCAACCAAUUAACGUGUAUUAAUCCGUUGUAAGGAGCGGUUAAGGUAGACCGCUAUACUUCAAUCCUACGUUAUGAGGGUCGUACCAUUCAAAUAUAAGAGAGGGAUGCUCAUUUUUAUUACGAAAAUAGAACUACUGUGUAAAACUGAGUUGUGAACUCGUUUCUCUAUCAGGGUUGUCCUGAUUGAGAAAUGGAGUAUAAAUAGUGCUUACCACAUAAGGCGAAAGGUUCUGUUACACUGUGCAAUUUUUCCAGAAACCUGAUACACAAGUUGUUUGAGAAUUGCACAGUUUAACAGGAGUUGUCUUGCGAUUUUUUGUUGUUGCGCGUAGUGAUGCACGAAGUAUGAACUCAGUUCUACUUUUCACGACGGAUUGCAGCAAAUGGCAACGCUAUUAACAAGCGUAACACCUCACCUCCAUAUUUUGCAACGCUACAUUUUCAAGCAUUGCGAGACAAUUUGCUGACAAAUUUGCACAGUGUAACAGGAUCGACCUUAAAUGCUAAAAUUUUGCAGUCGUUCACAAAAGUACGCGCAGAAUCAUCCUUACGACAAAAUAGGUUUUCAGUGGUGAACGUCAAGUGAUGCGUUUCCAUGACGUUUCAUAGGCACGUGCCCUUGUCAAUAACCAAUGUCAAGGUAACACUUUGAUUGAUGUACACAAAAACCUUAUUUUGUCUCGACGGCAAAUUGUGCAGUUGAGUCGGKUUUUUUUCCGAACAUCCAUUUCUUAAUAUAAAUGACCAUAAUUACCUCUCAGCAGAUAUCUUUAAUUAGCAUAAAUGACGUAAGCGAAGUAUGUGACGUCAUUCAUUAUUAUUAUCAUUAUCUAUCCUUGUAACAUGAGCAAGAACUUAAGAUUGUAGAGCAAAAGAUGUGCAAGAUGUCACCGGUAGGCACAUCAUGGCAGAUUGCAAUCGGUUUUUAGAGCAAAAAUGUAGGAUUUGAUUUAAUAUCUUAUAAAGCCAAGUGCUGAGCCUGCGGUACGUGUCUGCUGCUUAAGCGGUUCUUUUCCACGCAUUUCCACCCAUUGCGCAUGCGCUGGCAAUUUCCCGCGCUUCCUAGAGCCACCUUUUUCAAAUUUGGUGCUCAAGCGCAGUAUCUUCAAUGUUUUGGAUUUUUCAGACAUAAGAAAUGGAUUUGGAAACCAAAUACCAUAUACCAUUUCUAGUUACUAUGGCAACUGUCUCAUUCACCAUGACAGGAAUAUUCCAAAAGUACGGCAGAGCACUAGGAACCUAAUUUUCUCAUUAAAAUAGAAACAGUUUAUUAUAAAUUGUAAAUUUGUUAUAUAAGGAUUUAGAGUAAAUUAAUAAGAUAAUAAAAUAAUAUUUAUAUUAA